AGUACGUACAAAUAUUUGUCCUGUUUAAUAUGCCAUUGGUUACACCCCUGUGUGGGGGGUGAGCAAAUUUAAUUUGUCAAAAUUAUUGUAGGUGAACUAGACUGGUUUCCAAACUUCCUGGUUUCCAGACUACUUUGUGAAGAGAGUGCAUCUCUCGAUUGGGGCACAUUUUCAACAUUUACUUCACCUAACCUUUACAAACCUAUUCUAACCGCAUCAUGAAACAAUGUCUUUUUUUAUGUAUUUUUUUGUAGGCGUUGCCACUACUGUUUACUCUUAAAUGCCUGAGGGAAAUGUUAGUGUGUUGUCAGUAGCCGGACAAACAACAUUUCAGAGGAAAUGAACAGAGAUACUAGGGCAGGGCCAAUUUAUGGCUGCAGGCCGCAGAUAAGAGGCACUGCCCUCAAACUCAGCAGUAUAUAAAUGGACACUAUUCUCAUCACAUGGCAUCUGACCAAGACAACUUACUAUUCAUGGUCUUAGAAUAAUAAAAGGAAAUUGCAUACCUGCCUUUGGGAUCCUCACGGGCCACAUUAUACAAUCAUCAUUUGAUUUUGUGAGGGCAAACUGCCAACAAAUCUGACAGGUAUGAUCUGGCAUCGACAGUAGGCAUAAAGUGCAGUCUGCACACCAGGACUCCAGACUUCACAAAGAGCAGGAAGUGAGAGAAUCCACACCCAUCUGUGAGCUGUUUCACUCCAAACUCUUCCCUACCAUUGACAACACCACUCUUCGUGGCUCAACACCUGGGAGUUGGUUUUCCAUCUAACGCAAUCCUGAUCACGAUGGACGCUGUUCAACAGAUUGAGGCAAAAGCUUCAACAGAAGUGAGUGCAACUGCAGUUGGACUCAUUCUGAGACAGGAGGGAAAAGACAGUGGGAGAAAAGAAACCGCCAGUGUACAUCGAGCAAGCGAUCCUCACGUGCUGAACAUGGACUUCAGCAGCAUCUAUAGCAGAGAUCUGCUCCCAGCAGAGGAUGGUGUGGAAGCAACCAAGAGCUUUAUGCAUGAACUGGUGGACAUUCUCUUCGCCUACAUCUGCAAAUCUCUUAACAGGAGCUCUAAAGUGCUGGACUUUCAUCAUGUCCAUCAACUGAAGGAGAGCUUGGACGGUUUCACCUUAGAGCUCCCUGACCAGCCCGAGAACCUUGAGCAGCUCCUUGUCGAUUGCCAAGAUACCCUGAAAUACGGAGUCAAAACUGGGCACCCGCGCUUCUUCAACCAGCUGUCAUCUGGCCUUGACAUCAUUGGCCUGGCAGGGGAAUGGUUGACCUCAACCGCUAACACUAACAUGUUUACCUACGAAGUGGCGCCCGUGUUCAUACUCAUGGAAGAGGUUCUUCUGAGUAAGAUGAGGAGCAUGAUUGGAUGGCCCGAGGAAGAAGGGGAUGGAAUCUUCUGUCCAGGUGGCAGUGUGUCCAAUCUGAAUAGCGUGCUCCUGGCUAGGUACCACUUUUUCCCUGAGGUGAAGAAAGCGGGAAUGACUGUUCUCCCUAAGCUGGCCAUGUUAACCUCCUCACAUAGUCAUUACUCCAUCCAGAAAGCCGCUGCUGUGCUGGGGAUCGGCACUGACAAUGUGCUGCUGGUGAAGUGCGAUGAGCGGGGGAAGAUGAUCCCUGCUGAACUAGAGUCUGGCAUCGUCACAGCCAAAGCCAAGGGUCUGGUCCCAUUUUAUGUCAACGCCACAGCAGGGACCACUGUUUAUGGUGCCUUCGACCCUCUGGACGACGUUGCCAACAUUUGUGACCGCCAUGGACUGUGGAUGCAUGUUGAUGCAGCUUGGGGUGGUGGUUUGCUGAUGUCUAAGAGACACUGUGCCAAACUGAAUGGGAUUGACAGGGCAUCCUCUGUAACUUGGAAUCCUCACAAAAUGAUGGGAGUCCCGUUGCAAUGCUCAGCCUUUUUAGUGCGUAAAAAGGGCAUCUUGCAAGAGUGCAAUCAGCUCCGAGCAGCAUACCUGUUCCAGCCUGACAAGCACUACGAUGUCUCCUAUGACACUGGGGAUAAGACCAUACAGUGUGGAAGACAUGUGGAUGUCUUCAAGUUCUGGCUCAUGUGGAAAGCAAAGGGCUCGGAGGGCUUUGAGUCCCAGAUCAACAGAUGUUUGGAUAAUGCAGAAUAUCUGUAUGACAAGCUGGAGGGAAGAGCUGACUUUAAGCUGCUCUUCAAAAGCAAACCAGAACACAGUAACGUCUGCUUCUGGUACCUUCCACAGAGUGUGAGAAGUAUGCCAGCGGGGUUAGAAAGAAACAACAAGCUGCACACGGUGGCACCAAAAAUCAAGGCCAAGAUGAUGGAGGAAGGACAGACCAUGAUUGGGUACCAGCCUCUGGAAGACAAAGUGAAUUUCUUCCGCUGUGUCUUCUCAAACCCAGCCACUCAGAGAGAGGACGUAGACUUCCUUUUGGAUGAAAUUGUGCGAUUAGGAUCUGAUCUCUAACUUUAGUUUAUUUUGAAUAGUUCAUUGUAUAGUUCAAAUAGUCAUUUUGUUGUAUUUUGGUGUUUCAAAACACAGUUCAAGAUGGCCUCACAAAAAUACCAUGUUCAUGGAAAAACAGGCUUGUUGUAGAGGGAACAUGUAGUACUCAUGAGCUGUCAUUUUAACUUAAUAUAAAAAUAUAUAUAUUUCUCUGUCCAUGUACAGGUCCUCCCUCCCUCUCCCCCACACAUUUAUGAAAAGAUUGUAGACCUCCAGUGGAUAAUAGUUUCUCAUGAAAUUGUUUGGAGUUGGCAGUGCUUCUGCUCUGCUCCUGUAUUCAUCUAGUUAACCUUGGAUAUGUUUGUUAUAGUCCACAAAAAGUGUCUCAUAUCAUAUUGCUUGACAGAGGAGCUCUUUCAGGUUUAGGUAAACACAGGCAUAGAGGUAGGCACAAAGGAAGGCCAUUGUAGACUAGACUCUACAGUAGAUCACUUCAAGGGGAAUCAUUGCCUCAUAGAGCGCAGAUGUCCCUUUGUUUUUAUGACUGCAUCACCCAAGAUCAAGAGGACA